GGCGAGGAGCGAUUCUCAAAAGUUGCCUCUAUUCUUCAGCUUCCUGUCGACGUCACCAGUAUGGGUUCUGAGGAGGCAGAAGAAAAACCAAUUGCUUCGAGUGCAGCAUCAAAAACAUCAUUCAUUUCUUGUGUUUUGCCGGAGCAGAAAAUCCUGUAUGCGAAAAAACGACGAUGCGUUCUUAUUGCCAACAGUCCAACACCAAAUAAAUUUCAGGAGUUCUUUCCUGUCAUUUGACAAAAAAAUUCUAAGCCUGAAACAUCCUCGAGAAUAUCGAAGUCUUCUUCCGGAAGCCGCUUUCUAUUCCCGCCAACUCCUCGAGCACCUCUGUUUUCUAUGCAUCAUGGACAGCGCUACAUCUUUCACGGGCCUGCCGAGGAACCAGUGUAACCCGUACUUGAGAUUCAUCCGCCAACCCCCGGAAAAAGCCAACAUUUGGAAACCCCCAGAAGUCAUCACGGAGCAAGCCGUUCUCAAAAUGCCUCUGAUGGAACGGGGAUUAUACGUUUCAAACAUGAUUGCGUCCAAGUUCUGCGCCUGGUUAAGAUCACUCGGGACCGACAAUAGCACGAGUAGUAUCAAUGAAGAGGUUUUGAAGGAACUCUUCGAGAUUCAGCUUGAAAAUCCUACCUCAACAGGCAUUGAAACGAGGAUCAAAGAAUUGCCGUUCCUACCCGAUGUCAUCUCCGACGCCGAAAACAUCCCACAGAGGUCCUUCCGCGCUCUUCAUCGGCUGAAUAUUUUGAUGGACGCAAAAACUGCUGGAAAUUCCAAUGAUAGACGCAAAGUCUCAGCAGGAAGCACCAAGAGAGGAUGGAAGUUUUCAAAAAGCCAAGCAAAGGAGAAGUAUGUUCCCUCCGGGAUUGUACCGGAAGACAUCGCAAAAUUUGAAUAUAAGUUUUUUGAUGAUCCACCAAUUCAACCGGAAUGUUGAAAAUAUGAAACAAGUCUCUCGAAGCUGAAGUAACGAAAAGGACGGCUUUUCAGGAUCUAUGUUACCUCAUGAGACUGAGGGUCAUUUGUUCCAUUUUUGUUUUAAAAAAAAAAAAUCCAUCGUAACUUUU